CCAAACCCUAGACCACCACCACCAUCACCACCACCUCUGGUAAAAAGGGUGAAGAAGGAGGAGGAGCUAGUACUGGAAAAAGGAUGUAUGGGGACUGCCAAGUGCUAUCCUCUCUGGUGGGAAACAGCGCCACCGGCAACCCCUCCGUGGUCUCCCCUGACUCCUUCUUCUCUUCCUCCAUCCCUAGCGGUUUCAUGUCCUCCUUGCCUUUCCAUGCAUUCCCUCCUUUAGUCCCUAAGGAGGAAGGGAUGAUGGGAAGAAGAGAAGAAGAGAUGGAAAGUGGAUCUGGGAGUGGACAUGUAGAUGGUUUAAGCUGUGGUGAAGAACAAGAUACAGAUACUCAGCAACAGCAACAACAGACACAACCUUCUGGUUCUAAGAAGAAACGUUAUCAUCGUCACACUGCUCGUCAGAUCCAAGAGAUGGAAGCGUUGUUCAAAGAGUGUCCUCAUCCUGAUGAUAAGCAAAGAUUGAAGCUUAGCCAAGAUUUAGGACUCAAGCCUCGGCAAGUCAAGUUCUGGUUUCAGAACCGAAGAACUCAGCUUAAGGCACAACAAGAUAGAGCGGACAAUGUGAUGCUGAGAGCGGAGAAUGAUAGCUUGAAGAAUGAGAAUUUCAGGCUUCAAGCGGCGAUAAGGAAUGUUAUAUGUCCCAGUUGCGGUGGUCCGGCCAUGCUCGGUGAAAUGUCUUUUGAUGAACAACAUCUUCGACUUGAGAAUGCUCGUCUUAAAGAAGAGCUGGAGCGUUUAUCCUGCAUUGCGUCGAGGUAUGGUAACAGAGGCAUGCAAGCAAUGGGGCCUGCUCCGCCGCUUCUUCUGCCAUCGCUGGACCUCGACAUGGGAAUUUACUCAAGGAACUUCCACGAGCCGGUCGCAGCAUCAGCUAUAAGCAGUUGUAGUGACAUAAUUCCAGGCCCUUCGAUGCCCGAUAACCUCCAGCCUUUCACCGGAGGGAUGAUCAUCAUGGACCAAGACAAGGCAAUGGCACUCGAUCUUGCAAUGACGGCAAGGGACCAUCUUUAUCAAAUGUGCCAGACUAAUGAGCCAUUAUGGGUCCGACACAGUGACGGUCUCGAAGUAAUGGAUGUCGAAGAGCAUGCAAAGAUGUUACCAUGGCCAGUUGAUGUGAAACAUGAACAGACUUGUGAUUUCAGGACUGAAGCAACCAGAGGAAGUGCACUUGUUAUCAUGAACAGUAUUACUUUGGUUGAUGCCUUUUUGGAUGCUGGAAAAUGGAUGGAGCUCUUCCCAUCAAUUGUUGCAAAGGCGAAAACAAUUCAGAUUAUAACUCCUGGAAUCUCUGGCACCCAUGGAAAUGGAUCACUUCAUCUGAUGUAUGCAGAGCUACAAGUUCUUUCUCCAUUAGUACCGACACGUGAGACAUAUUUUCUUCGGUAUUGCCAACACAAUGCCGAAGAAGGCACUUGGACCAUUGUUGAUUUCCCGGCCGAUUGCUUUCAAAACAAUCUUCAGUUACCGAUUCCCCAUUACCGACGACGUCCUUCUGGUUGUGUAAUUCAAGACAUGCCUAAUGGAUACUCAAGAGUGAUGUGGGUAGAACAUGGAGAGGUGGAAGACAAACCAGUGCAUCAGAUAUUCCAACAAUUCGUUAACAGCGGUGCUGCUUUCGGAUCGACUCAAUGGUUAUCGGUCUUGCAACGACAAUGCGAAAGGCUGGCAAGCUUAAUGGCUAGAAAUAUCUCUGAUCUUGGAGUGAUUCCUUCUCCUGAAGCAAGGAAGAACAUGAUGAAACUAUCACAAAGGAUGAUAAGAACAUUCUGUGGGAACAUAAGCUCAAGUGGAGCUCAAUCAUGGACAGCACUCUCUGAUUCAUCAGAUGACACCAUUAGAGUCACAACCAGGAAGAACACUGAACCAGGACAACCAAAUGGAGUCAUUCUCAGUGCUGUUUCCACUACCUGGCUUCCUUUCUCUCAUGACCAAGUCUUUGAUCUCUUAACCGAUGAACAAAAAAGAUCUCAGCUUGAUGUUCUCUCUAAUGGUAACACUCUCCAUGAAGUUGCUCACAUUGCCAAUGGCUCUCAUCCAAGAAAUUGCAUCUCUCUUCUCCGCAUAAACGCUUCGAGCAAUUCAUCACAGAACGUAGAAUUACUGCUGCAAGAGAGUAGCACACAUCAAGCCGGCGGGAGUGUCGUCGUCUAUGCUACCGUCGAUGUGGAUGCCGUUCAAGUGGCGAUGAGCGGUGAGGAUCCAUCGUACAUUCCAUUGUUGCCGAUGGGGUUUGUCAUGUUACCGGCUGUACCUCCGACGAGCAAUUCAGCAAUGGCCGGUAACACCGGGUGCCUUCUCACUGUUGGUUUGCAAGUACUGGCUAGUGCCGUCCCGUCGGCGAAGCUCAACUUGUCGAGUGUGACGGCGAUCAACAACCACCUCUGCAACGCCGUGCACCAGAUCACCUCUGCGCUCGGUGGUGCCGGCGAAGCUCAGGCUGAGCCUUCAGCCACCUUGCCGGAAAAUUAGUUAGCUAGCUCUAUAAUCCACCCUCUCCAUGGCCUGAAAUUACCAUAAUGCCCUUGCCUGAUCACAACCACAACCAGUAUUAGUACUAAAUUACUAAUCCCCCCAUUCUUUUGUGUCCUUAGCUGGCAUCCUUGAGGGAAAAAGACUCACCACCCUCCCUCACUGGCAUUUUCAAAAUGACGUAAAUACCCUUGAGCUAUCAAGGGCAUUUUAGUCAUUUUGUAUUUUUGGUGAGGUUUUUUUUAUUCUCUCUUCAUCUCUCCAUGCUGUGGGGGCAUUAUGGUCAUUUUGGCAAGAGGAAUGGAAAUAAAAAAAAAUGUUUCUAAUUAUUAGUAAUUAAGUAAAUAGAGAGAUGAUUUCUAAGUGUUAAAAACUUGGUAAUUAAAUCAAGAAGAGAGAAAGUUUGUCUGGAGGGGAGUCAAGAGCGCACCAGAUGGAGUUCGUUUUGGUUCGGGAAUUGACUUCUUUAUUAAAUUUAUGUUGUUGUUUUUUUCUUUUGCUUUUUUGUUGGAUUUUUCAUUUCAUGUCUUUUCAGUUUGCUGUAUUAAUUUAUUGUCAGAACUUUAUAUUUAAUGUUAUUAUCUAUUUUGAAUUUCAA